GACACAGGCGGCGUAGUUUAUUCAGGAGCAGUUUUCGCACCUUGCAAACACAAAAGCAGAAGUCUCUUCACAAGAAUUAGUAUAGUUUUAGUAAGGGGUUUAAUGCCGUUGCAACACAAGAAGCUCUCAUAAGAGCAAAGAAUAGAGGUGUUACAAGAGGGUCACAAAUACGUUGUGUAUAAGAGAGAUCAGGACGAUAUAUUAUAUUUGAUGGGAAAGAAGGAGCAGGCCACACCAGAGCACCCACGAAACACCCGCCUCAAGAGUUAUCAAACUUACAAAGCCCUUGCCCACAAUGGCUCAGUACGCAUCCCUGUGGACCAGUUCUCGAGAUCCGGAGUUCCAACACAUGAAGAAAGUCAAACAACUGACGGAGAGGAACCUGUCUAUAGACCUGGCCAAGAUGGAGUUGAAACACAAGAGAACCAUUCGGAAAGUGAGAAGCGACAUUCGAGAGAAUAUGACCAUUCUAGACGAGCUGAACCGAGAGAAAAGAAAGCGAGCGCGCUUGCUCUUGGCCACAUUUUUGAGACACCACAGCAAAAAGCAGGCGAGGAGAUGGAUGGCUCGCACGGGAAUCACGGGGCGGCGGCCAGACCACCUGACCAUGAGCCGUUACGUCAACUCAAAAGGUCAGGUCAUGAUGACCCAUACCUUUCCCUUCGUAUACCACUCUGACGGUUACAAGCCAUGUGACCGGUACGGAUUGUUCCGGGAAUGCACGGAUCUAGAUCCCUACAAGGAUGACGUCACAUCUCGUCGGGGAUCUAACGCGCCCCCUGGUGCCGGGCGGAAGUCCUUCUCGGAGGUGACGGAACUUCCGGUGGCUGUAAGAGAACGUGGAUCUUCUCUUCAAAGGAUCACUUUAGCUGUUGCCGCUAUACGGGCACUGGGAGGGAAACAUUAAAUACCCUUUUGACAAGUAGCUUUUGACUCCAUUUACGUUGAGACGUUGUGAGAUUUUAAAUGCAUAGCAAUUCUGAAGACUUUUCAAGCAAUAUUGUUUUUGUUAACGUUAUAGAUUGAUAUGAUUGAUCAUUUCUCCCUCGGACGGAUGGCAUUUUUCUGCGUGGCCGUCUGAGGUUGAAAAAUAAAAUACAUUUACUGCAUAGUUCCAGUCCAUAUUUUAUUAUGGGUUUUAUUCAUAUUUUUACUUUAUUUCAAACAAGCAAAAAUUUGUCUUGAAAACGACAUGAUAACUUGAAGUUUCCAAAACUUGAGAAAUUGCAGUGUGGUUAUGCAUCGCGGAUUCUUCUGUCUAGAGAACAAUGAACGCUACCAAAGAUUCUGUAUAACAAGAUGGUUCACUCCUCUUUUUUAACCAAUUAAAAACUCCGGUGGCGCCUUCUUCGAAAAAGCGCUCGCUUUGCGAACAGGAUUACCCUACUUGGGUGAGGAAAAAAUCAAAGUGUAACUAACAAGUCUUUGUAUAAAUUGUAAUUAAAAUUUCGGAAUAGCGCCUUUUAACACUUUUCGGUCACUAGGCGCAAUAAUGGGCCGGUUUAAAUUGUCCAUUCCGGUCAUUGCGCCAGGCCCAAGAAGUCGGUUGCAGUCGCUCUCCUGGCUAGGUGACCAGAUGGGGUAUUUUGUACUGCUGGCUGUGUGACUGCAAAGUGGUAGAAUGGUUACGUUGACAAUAAUCCUCUUGUGGUGGAAGGGGCGACUGUUUUCUUCGUUUAAUUUGACUUUAGAGCUAGAGGCGAGAGGUCAUAAAAAUAAAAUAGUCUCAAAACUCCGCACUGAGUGAAUCGGAACAGCUGAUUAUUCCUGUUUUUCUUUUGGAGAUACCAAAGAGAGCUUCAAAACAAAGACUGCAGCGACAUCUGAACCAAUGCGCGGUCUUCCACAGACACUUUUUUGGCCGAGUGAACUAUCUUGUUAUGUACAAUCUUUGACGCUACUCAAAGAGUAGAAUCUCAAAGUAAGAAAAAUCGUCCUUCCCCGAUACCUUCACAAUAUUUAGUACGACAAUAAUAUAAACUAAAAUAGUGUAAGGUUCACCGCCUACUGCGACUUGGACUACUGUGUCAUUUAAGCAGAUACGAGUCACACUUCACGUUUCGUCUCCAUGAAUUAUUGUUUUACAAUAACAAACAGAAAAUUAGUAUUGCUUAUGAAUACUCGAUCCAGAACCAUUUACACACGAACUGACAAUUAAGUGAGACAGUUGGAUGUAAAAUUACUUUUUUUAAAUUUGAUUUUAAAAAAUUGGUCCAUGCAGUUAAAAGUAUCCGCAGAAAAAAGCAAGUCUUUUUCAAUUGGACAAACUAUAGCAUGACAGCGCGAGUGGUAGGGAGGCGAUGCUGGUAGGGGCUCUAUUUCCUUUCUCUCCUUCUUCUGUUUCUGUCUGUCUAUCUCACUCUUUUCGUGCACCGAAUGGGUGUUUAUGUGUUGAUAUUCAUAUAUAUAUACUCUUUACACUCACUCAGCUACACAAGAAAGCGAGACGCACAAAAUGGGACUGUUGUGACACUUCAGAAUUGUUUCCAUGCGCACUAUCCUAGAUUUUCGACACUAUUUUAUGUUUUUACAGCUGCUGUAUAUUUGACAAACGAGGAGACUUGCUUAAUAAAGAUUUGUUUUCUCUCUAUUGGAC